AUGCCAGCAUGGCUGGAGCGGCUGAGGAGGAUAGUUACAGUGGAGCCAGCCAUGUUCUUCUACAUGGCCAGCACGUUCAUUAUGCUGCCGGCCUAUCAGCAGCUGGUCAUUGUCAAGGUUUGCCAGGAGCUGUAUGAGGACCCGACAGCCUGCGGAGACUCCGAGCACGGCAAGGACGCCGAAGACAUGGAGACGCGGUCCUCCUACAUCCUGCUGCUCUACACGGCCGUCCUUUACUCGGUGUCUGUCCUGCCUGCCCUGCUGCUGGGCUCGUGGUCGGAUGGCGCAGGGCGGCGCGCCGUCAUGGUGCUGCCCUUCCUGCUGUCAAUUCUGAGCGGCGGUGUGCUCCUGGCCCUGGCGCUGGUGCCCAGCCUGAGCGUCUACUGGUGCCUGCUGGCUGCCGGCGUCACGGGCCUCAGCGGGGGCCACGUCUCCGUCUUCCUGAGCUCCUUCAGCUACCUGGCCGACGCCACGUCCGACCCGGGCGCUGGCCGUACGAUGCGGAUGGCCGUGGCCGAGGCCAUGAUCUUCGUGGGCGGCACGGUGGGCUUCCUCCUGGGCGGAUUACUGGAGCAGGAAGUGGGGCUGUCGUCGGCGUUCAUCGCCUACGUCACCUGCCACGUCCUGGCCAUCUUCUACAUCUUGCUGUGGCUGCGCGACCCCAUACCAGUCAGCAGCACGCUAGGCGUCCUGGCUAGCGACGGCAGUGUCCAGGAGGGCUCGGAGGAACGCAAGUGGGGGAUGUUUGCCCUGAAGCACGCUGGGCGCUCAUUUAGGGUGGUGUUCAGGAGGAGGUCAGGACAGGAGAGGCUGAAGCUGCACCUCCUCAUCCUCUGCACCUUCAUAAACAACACGGUCGCUAUCGGGGAGCAGUCUAUCUUGCUGCUGUAUUUGAUGUACGAGCCCAGGGAGUUCACCACUGCGAUGUUCGGGCUGUUUAACUCUGCCAGAAUGCUCUUGUUGGGAUUCGGCCUUCUGGGUCUUUUCCCCCUGCUGAUGCGCUGCUUUAAGGAGAUGACUUUGGCCAAGCUCAGCACCGCCUUCAGAGCCGCCUCCUACGUCCUGCUGGCGUUCUCCACCAACACGUGGAUGGUCUUCCUUGUGGCAGUACUGGCAGCUCCAGCAGGGAUCACGCAAGCAGUCAUCCGCUCUUUUUCCUCUGCCAUCGUGGGACCCGAUGAACAAGGUGCCAUGUUCUCCUUCUCGGCGUCGGUGGAGGCCACCUGUUACAUCUUUGGCGCCGUCUUGUUCAAUGGCCUCUACCCACAGACCCUGCCCACGUUUCCUGGUAUGCCCUUCAUCGUUAUGGCUGGCUUUUGUGUCAUCGUCCUCAUCCUCAUGCAGUGGAUCAGUGAGAUGCCAACCACUCAUCCUCGUUUGGUGCUCCCAGACUGA